AUGACCGCCGUCCCCAAACUCUUCCAGCCCACCACCCUCGGCCCGCUCGCCCUCUCGCACCGCGUCGUCCUCGCCCCGCUCUCCCGGCGCCGCGCGAGCGCCGCGCACGUCCCCGGCGAGCUCGCCGCGACCUACUACGCGCAGCGCGCCAGCGUCCCCGGGACACUCCUCAUCUCCGAGUCCACCGAGAUCGCCGCCAAGGCGGGCGGGUCGGCGAACACGCCGGGCAUAUGGAGCGACGAGCAGGUCGAGGGGUGGAAGCGGGUCACGGACGCGGUGCACGCGCGCGGCUCGUACAUCGUCUGCCAGCUCCGCGCGCAGGGGCGCGCCGCCGACCCCGCCGUGCUCGCCGCCGACGCCCCCGGCGCGCCGUACGUCUCCUCCUCCCCCACCCCGCUCUCUUCCCGGCCCUCCCCCCCGCGCGCCUUGACGAUCCCCGAGAUCGACGAAUACUUCUCCCUCUACGCCACCGCCGCGAGGAAUGCGCUAAAGGCGGGGUUCGACGGCGUGGAGGUGCACGCCGCGAACGGGUACCUCGUCGACCAGUUCCUGCAGGACGUCGUGAACAAGCGCGAGGACGCGUACGGGGGGAGCGUCGAGCGGCGGUGCAGGUUCGCGCUGGAGGUCGUGGACGCCGUGGUGCGAGUGGUGGGCGCGGAGCGGGUGGGGAUACGGUUGAGCCCCUGGGCGACGUUCAACGACAUGCGCAUGCCCGACCCCGUCCCGACCUUCUCCCACCUCGUCUCCUCCCUCCGCGCCGCCCACCCGAGCCUAGCGUACCUGCACCUCGUCGAGCCGCGCGCGGACGGCAUCUUCGACCGCGAGCCGCCGCCGGGCGAGUCGAACGACUUCAUCCGCACCACCUGGUCCGCCCCGGGCGGCCACGACGACGGGCGGCGCAUCAUCAGCGCGGGCGGGUACACGCGCGCCCUGGCGCUCGACGUCGCCGAGCGCACGCGCGACCUGGUCGCGUUCGGGCGGUUCUUCAUCUCCAACCCGGACCUCCCGACGCGCCUCCUCAAGAACCUCCCGCUCGCGCCGUACGACCGCAAGACGUUCUACACGCCGGGCCCGGAGGGGUACACCGACUACCCCUUCGCCGACGCAGAAGACUCCCCCGCUCCGACGGCAGCCGACCCUCCAACCCCAACCUCGCGAUAA